UCCAUUUCAUUUAAUUUCUCGUGUACACAGCGUUGGAGCAACAACAAUGGUGUUAAGUGACGGAAUGGAACGCCGAAACCUAAAAUUUUUGAGGAUUAAAUCUAAUUAAUUUAAAUGAAGUGAAAACUGUGUCUAUCUUUUGAGUAGAAAACCAGAAAAUGCACAUAAAAGUUUAGUGAUCGCAAAGCGAAAUUGUGGGUUUGCGGGAAAAUGUGUUCUUGGCUAGACGGAGUACAGUGAGUACGUUGUGAAAACGGACACAAAUUUUCACACAGGAGUGGCAACAUGAAGCCGUCAAGAAUCGUAAAUUCAAUGUAGUGCUUGCUAUGAGUAUUUCCAGUUUUCGAAUUAUUAAUGUGGUUUUCUCGCACUAAAUUAUCGGCAAAAAAGGUUUUUACGUUUUGUUUUCGCAAGGACCAUUUGUUGAAGUCAACCACAAGCUUAAUAAAUACUUACAAAGUACGAGGAGUUAUAAUACGAGAGGCGUGAAUUCAUAUUAAAAAGUUUACUAAGAAAAAAAAAAUGCAAAACGAAAAGUGAAAGCGAUUAAAAAGGGAAAUCUGCAUAAAUUGCUACUAUAAAAAUUGCAGUUGUUAAAGGAAAAAAAGUAUAGGGGAAAAUUGUGGCGGGCUGGGCGGCGCAACAGCUGCCACAAAGGCUUGGUACAUACACGUAUUCAAAAAAAUCGAAGUAGUUAAAGUAUUAUCGAGCUAGAUUUCUUCCGAUUGAUUCGCGUAUCGUGUUGAAAAUUUUGGACCUUUCCGACAAUCAUUGAAAGCAUUUAAAAAUCAACAAUAAAAAUGUCCAGCUGGGCGCGACGUGCAGCAGACAUUAGCAGCGUUGUCACUUCAUGCGGCCAUCCCGGCACUUCGGCGCCAGACUAUACCUAUCGCCUAGAAAAAGUUAAAUUUGGUGUACCAUUGGAGGAGGUUUGCAAAAACAACGACAACAUUCCCGGGCCACUACUGGUUCUUAUACUUAAACUUAAUAAAGAAUCGCCCAAUAGGCGAGAUGUUUUUCGUGCACCCGGCCAUCAAGGCGCUAUGAAAAAACUGAUUCACUUCCUGCAAUCAGGUCGAUUAGUGAAUGUUGACAACUAUUCCGUUUAUACUAUUGCCAGUGUAUUGAAAAAAUUUUUACGUAAAAUACCUAAUGGAAUUUUCGGGCGUUCAGGCGAGAAGGAAUUGUUUGACAUAAUUGAGCUGGAAAAUGAAACGGAGCAGAUAGAGCGUUUGCAUAGAUUAUUUACAUCACUGCCGAAAUACACUCAACGUUUACUAGUUUUACUAUUUGGUACAUUCCGUGUUAUUGCCAGCAAUGCAACUCAAGCUAGCACUGGCAUGACCAGUGAGGCACUGGGCGUUUCCGUGGCACCCAGUUUCUUUCAAUCGUGCGUUAGUGAUGGGAAAACCGCUCGUAUGGAGGAUGUGCUUAAAUUCAAGGUGGCCACAAAAAUUAUGAAACAGAUAAUUGAUAAAUUUGCUACACAUGAUUUGUUUGGGCGCGAAAAUUAUGAAUACUAUGCGAGAGUUACUGGGCGUAUUCUUAAAGUGCAGGAUGAAUGGAUUUGCAGCUUUCAGUAUCCACCUCCACCACGUGGUAAAUUGGCUCAACAAAAAUAUGCACUACAACACUCCCUGGAGGCAGAGAAGACAUGGCUGCAGUGUCAGUGCGAGCGGUGGGGUUUGCUUGCCCAGGAAGAAUCUCGCUCCACGCCUGCCUUGCUAACAAGCUCAAGUUCAGCUUUAGAAAACAGCGUGCUUUCAUUGGGCGUAACACCAGAACAUUCUUUUAUUGAAUCAUGUGCACGCCUAUCUGUCUCCUUAGAAGGUCCGAGCCUAUUCGCCUUGACAUCUUCGCCGAUACCGAAACGAAACAUGCAGGAUUUUCAACGUGACACCGAUAAUGAUGCUGAUGCCGAUGAAGAAAAUUUCGGCGACGUAGAUGCUGAUGCCGAAGCCGAUGCCGAUGACGACGAAGAUGAAGACUUCGCCGCUGAACUUGAAAUAAGUAACGAGGACGACGAUUUAGAAAACAAUCUGAAAACUAACUUUCCACGUAAGACUGUGCAAAGAAACUACGGAGCAACAACCACAACUACAACAGCGACAGGUAAUAAUCGCCAGCCAACCCAUAAUAACGCUGCUUUAAACACCACUUACACCAUUGAAGUGGACAGCGUUGAUGUUGCGGACUCGAAUGAUGAUGAAGGUGAGGACGAAGUGACCGUAGUAAGGCGUCGCUAUCGUCAGAAUAAAAAGAAAAUACUAACCCAAACGCGUAUGCAACAUCAGAGGCGCCUGCGUGCCGGCUCCAAGAGUCUUGAUGGUGGCGAUCGUGCACCACAAACAACACCCAUGAACAGCGAAGUAGUAUGCGAAAGCAGUAGUAAAAUGAAAAACAACAAAAUGCAAAGCAGCAAGACGAGUGCACAAAUUAGUGGUGAUGGCGGUGGCGGUAGUAGUAAAACGACGAGAACGCGCACUUGCAGCCGCUGCAAUCGCGGUAUACGUCAUUCGUCUUCGUGUUCCUCAGCUUCUGGAGGAGGAGGAGGAGGAGGAGGUGGUGCUGGCGGCGUGGGAAGUGGUAGUGGCAUGACUAUGGAAGAAUUGCGCGCUGUCAAUCGCUAUGCCGAAAGCACAAAGAGUCUUUCCUAUUUGCCACAGGUCCAUGAACGUCAAACUGCACGCAUGCGCACACGUUCCGAAUGGUUUUUGGGCCCUAUGGAUAGCGAAUUGACACUGCAUUUGCCCAACACAUGCAGCAAUUGUUGUCUGGCUGCAGUUCAAAAGCAGCAACAGCAACAACUACAGCAGCACCAGCACUUUCAAACGCACGGUUAUCUGGGCGGUGGCAGCACUCGCGACAUGCGCGCACAUCGUGACGUCUUUGCCGCCGAAGAUGUUGAUGAGAAUAGUUUGGUGGUUAGUGGCAGUGGUGGUGGCCGCAAUGGCAAUGCUCUCUAUUUAUACUAUAAGAAACGACUGCAACAACAAAAACAAAGGAAUGUUACACAGCAGCAGCAAAUGCAUGCUGAACAUAUGGACACAGACGACAGCUGCAAUUCAUAUGAUCCAAAACAACAAAAACAAGUACAACAGCAUCUACAAGUUGAUGCCACCACAAACUUAUAUCUUGGUGGAGUACAGGCAACGGAACGGCGUUUAUUAGAGCCAACAUCAACUAUUGCGGCUGCACAUAAUGGCUGUGGGCGGCGCGUGUAUUUGGAUGCGAAUACAACAACCAAUAUCGGUAGCUAUGUUACCUCAUAUAAUUCUACUAAUAACAAUUAUAUAUAUGAUUCUAAUGAUACAACAACUAAAGCAUCUGCUUUCACUACAACUACAACUACAAGUACUUCUACUUCUAUUACUACUCCUACUACUACUACUACCACUACCACUACUCUACAAAGCAAUCCGUUUUCCACUAUUACCAAACUUUCUUUUGAUACCAGUCACAAAUCUAACAGUAGUAGGGGAAAUACUUGUAAUUAUAUAGAGAAUGCUAUGUAUAACAGUUCUAACAUUGUAAACAAUAACACUAACUGUACUUUGUUAGCAAGUAGUCGCCAACAUCUAAGCAAUUCGUCUAACACUAAAUAUUCACAUUAUAAACAUUCAGCGUCAAAAUCAACGGCGACACGAUAUGAUCUACACCCACGCAAUCAUUACAUCCGCUCACAUACAAGAAACAUACAAUCGCCUUCAUAUUUGCAUCCACAUUCACAAACACAGAGUCAUCAACGCCAACAUCCGGAGCAGCGACGUUGUUUAAUGCUGCCCAGUCACUACCAUUCGACCGAUUCCGUGCGAUAUUGUGACGUAGACUUAGAUGUUGAAAUUGUAACUGAGCCGCCAAUGCCCUCGUCGUCAUCGUCACGCUUGUACUACAGUCCGCGUAAGCAAUUAUUUGCGGCUAGACGCUGUAAUUCCACCAUCGAUCUUUACAAAGCUGAUUGUUGUAAUGGCGAAGGUGACAACGGUGCUGGUGAUGGUGAUGAUGGUGACGAGCACAGCAGUGAUAUCGAUCAUAAUUAUCUAACAUAUUCCUUGCCCAAUGAUCACAACAAUGAGGUCGAUUUCGAUGCAUUUGAGGUGUCGGCAAUAACGCAGCACCAGCCAGCGUCUUGUGAAACAUAUGCCGCCGAUUCAACAGGUUUUUUGAGUGCAGUUGAUACUUCUGUAGCGACAAUCACUACAAGUGACGCUGGACGUGUUUUGCCACUUGCAGCGCGCGAAGAAGUCGAUUACAUUCAUACAUCCCGUUAUAGGCAGAGUACACCGCGUGUGCACCGUCGCCAACAACAGAUGCGACACCGGCAGCGUUUAGCUUCAACAUCGACGCAGUAUCAGUCGUUGAACUCAACCAAUGCUAACAGCCUACUUACGACGGCGGACGGUGGCGAGAACGGCAAUGGCAGCGGCAGGAACGCGCGCAUUGAAAGCGGCAGCCAUUUCGUUACAAUCAUCUUCAAUGUUUUAGACUUCUUAUUUUAAUUAUAAUUUUAAGUAAUUAAAAUUAAUUAUUCGAAUAGUUGCGGCUUUUUUUGUAAACAAUGCUUUUUUUAAUUUUCAUUCCGAAGUAAUAAAAUUUGUGUUGUGAUUAACGACACUUUUGGUUACUAUUACUUGCUUUAAUACUAUUUAGAAUAUUAUAUAUUUAUUCUGUGUUUAAUUUAAUGUCUGUGUGAAUAUGUUAAUGUUGUUAUUUUUUAAUUUGAUUUUGUACAAAUAUUAAUACUUUAAAUGCUGUUAGGCGCGUGCAUUUAAUUCAAAUUUAAUACUUGGGUUAAUUAAAGAAAAAAUACAUUGAAAAGCUCAAUGCGAAAUUGCUUCAUUGAUUUGCUCAAUUUCAUAUACGAAACCCUAAAAAAAGAAGGAAAAAAAACUAUCCUUCUCUUGCUAAGUUUAUUGUAUUAUAAGUAGAUAAUUAGAUAAUUCUUAAAUAUCGAUAAUAAAAAUAUAAAAAUGUGGCGCAUAUCCUUGAAAAGUGUUUUUGCCGAGUUUUUAUCCUAGUAGUUGCUCUAAAAAAGCUCACUAAAAUGUUGCUACUUAACUUGCAUUUCUAUGCAGCUUCUGAGUUUAAGCGAAUUUUUUUCAUAGCAGCACUGCAAUCGAUUUUUCAUUUUCAGCUGGUAAAAUGCAUACACUUCUAGACAACAAUAUAAUUGCGUUAAGUGCAGUCGUUUCUUGGAGGAAAUGCGCAACAUUGAAAUGUUUAAGGGGUUAUAUACAGUUAGAAGGUCGAAAAAAGCGAAUUUUCCAGAAUUUUUUCUGGGAAAACUUUUAAAUUUAUUGAUCUAAAAAUUUGUACACAUAUUAUGUUAUCUUUUAACUGUAUUUUAAGACUUAGUAUUAGUAAAAAUAUUUAUAUGGAUAGGAGCUACAGCUGAUCUCCGGGAGCUCCCCUCAAAAAAGACGUUCUGCGGUGACCACUAUGUCUCUGAACUGGAUCCUCGGAAAUUGAAAAACUAAACAGAGUUCGUUAAAGUAAUGUUAAAUCUAGUAAUUAAUCGAAGGAAUAAGCAAAAUAAUUUUUUUGACAAAAUGGCAGUUUCUAAAAAAAACAAAAACUAUUUUUGACCAAAAUUUCGGUUUCUCAAAAAAAAAAAACAAAAAAAAAAUUGAUUUUUGAUCAAAAUUUCGGUUUUUCAAAAACAAAAAAAAAAUUUGUUGGCCAAAAUCUCGGCCUAAAUGGUUUACAAACAAAAAUAUUUAUCGGUGAGAAAAAAUCUUCGAUUGACUACUAAAAAAUAUAUUUAAGAAGCUCGUGUCAAAUUUGAGAUUCAUCGGUUUAUCCGUUUUCGAGUAAUGUUGGUCACCGACUUUGAAAUUACCAUUUUAAGAAAAACGCGUUUAAAGUUUGAAAAGCACUUUCAAGCACUCUGAAACACCUUUUCAAAUUUGCGUGUAACUUCACCAGAACGAUAUUAAAUUUUCUGUGUGUAUUCUUAAAUACAGUGCCGCUCAACUGAAUAGGUUUGACUUCUUUUUUAGACUUAGAACAUAAUAUCUUCAUAACGAGCACCCGGAUUUAAACCAAAUAAAUUUUGUUAAGUAAAACGAUCAAUUAUUUAUAAAAUACAAAAGUUGUUUUUUUUUGGUUUGGGUUUUAUAUUUUUUUUUAUUAUAUUUUCAAAAACAUAGCUGAAAAUCUACAUUAUUUUUGGCUCAAGUGAAUAGGUUUGACCAACAAAACUAUAAAAAAAAAAUUAUUCACAGCAAUAUUUCAUGGCACUUGGUAACUUAAAUAAUAAAAGACACUAUUUCAGCAUUAUUUAAUAUUUGGUAUGACCUCCCUUAUUCUUAAUUAUUUCAAACAUUCGAGUUGAUAAGGAAUCGUAAUAUUUUUCAAUUUCACUCAGUGAAAUAGUUGACCAGGUUUUUUUAAUCGCUUCAACUAGGGUCGCCGAGUCUUGAAAUUGUCUUCCCCCUUCAUACACUCUCCUGGAUGGGAGUAUGGCGGCCACUCGAGCAAGUUGAGAUUCUGGUCCUUAAUCCACUGUUUUGUAACCCGGGCUGUAUGGAUGGGGCGUUGUCUUGUUGGUACGUCCAUUGAAUAGGGGAAAAGCCUUUUGGAGCACAGUCUUGUAGACAUUUGCAUUCAUCUUUGAUUAAACAAACUGAAGCUCGCAAGUUCCAUAAAACGAUAUAGCUCCCCAAACCAUUACGCCUCCUGUACAGGAGUGAUGACGACUCAAAAAGCAUUCUUUUUUUCGCAUAUCGUGAAAAUAGUAGUUGUAGAGCCAUCCGGUCCGUCGAGAUUGAACUUUUUUUCGUCGGAGAAGACCACAGCCUUCCACUCCUUGUUCCAUAUCAUGUGAUCCCGCGCAAAUCGGAGUCGCGCUUCCUUCCUUGCAUCAUUGAGAGGAGGUUUUUUUUUAUUUUUAAUCUCUUUAAGUGUUUAGCACUCCGAAUAACUCGUUUUACCGUUGCCAAACUAGCAUUUACACCGCAUUCAUCCCUGAUUUUACUGGCAGAGAGGUGGGAAUUCGAAGCAGUUCGAAGGAUUAGUCGCCUCUCUGAGCCCGUUGUAGCAUAUUUUUUUCCUUCUUUAAUUUUUUUCUCGUAAUCGGCUUCAUUACGAAGAAAAUUGCUUACCACGUUUUGGCUUCGACCAAUCUUCUUUGCAAUUUCAUUAAGUUAUAGGCCAGAUUCAAUAUAGCCUUUAAUUUGACCUUUUUCAAAAUCGGUUAAAGAUUUUCCCCGACCCAUAUUAAAAAAAAUUGUAGCAAUUACUUUAAAUUUAAGUAGAUAAAAGAAAUUAUAUGUUUUCAAUCACGCAGUCAAUCAAACAGUGAAGUCAAGGUUGUCAAACCUAAUCAGAUGAGCCAAAAAUAGACCACACAUUUAGCGAAUUCCACGAUGAAAGCAAAAUUCUGAUUUACCGUUGCAUAGAACCUGUUACAUUUUUUUGUCAUAUUAUGAGUAAACAAAUGAAUGUUCAAAACAAAAAAGAAAGAAGGAAAAAAUGCCAUAGGAACAAAGAGAGAAGAAAAAAUAGAAGAAAUAAUUUUUAAACCUAUUCAGUUGAGCGGCACGAUUUUUUUGAAAAUUCUAACUGUAUAGAACCCCUUAAUUCUAAUUCAGGUUAAAAAUUAUUGAAAAGCAACCAGAAUUUUGAGCCACUUCAAACUUGCACUUUUUUAAGCUAAAAAUAAAUAAAUAAUUGCCAUCUACACCCUGUUUUGGAUGCUUGUGGAUAUGGAAGUAGCCCGGGCCUUCUCCUAUUUGUGAUGUGCGUCUUGAUGAUGUUCCCCAAAUAGAGGGAGCUACAGUUUUAAGCCGACUCCGAGCAAAAGUUUAAUGGGCCAUAAAACUGCUUACCCAAUUAAUUCCUAAUUUAAUUCCUAUUAAAAAGUUUGAAAUUUUAAUGAAAAUUUGUCAAACUUUUAUAAAUUUUGUAUAAAUUUUGAAACUUUGAUUUAAUACCUUCUGCUCAAAUAUGAACGAGACGUUAUCAAUAAAACGGUCCGCGGAUGACAUAUGGCAAAAAUAAAUUUUUUGUUUUUUGGUAGGACUGUUAUAAGCUUACAUGGCAAAUUUCAGCGUGAUAUGUCACAUAGUUUGUUUUCUGUGCCACUGUAAACAAGUCAAGCUCGAGUGUGUUCUUCGAAUUCUCUUUUAUGACUUCAAUUGUCUCAAAAUGUUUUCCACGGAGCGGCAACUUGAGCUUGGGAAACAGGAAAAAGUCACAUGGAGCCAUAUCAGACGAAUACGGUGCUUGCGGAACGAUAUUAACAUUAUUUUUGUUCAAAUAAUCGCGAACAAGACGUGAUGUGUGAGCUGGUGCAUUAUCGUGAUGCAAGAACCAUGACUUGUUGUCCCACAAUUCCUUCCUUUUAAGACGAAUGUUCUCGCGCAAACGCUUUAAAACGUCUAAAUAAUAUUCAACGUUAACCGAUUUUGCGAUUUGUGCGAUUUUCAAGCACAAUUUCCCUCACUUUUCCGAUGUUUUCGUCGUUUACUGAUGUUGCUGGACGACGUUCAUGAGGCAAGUUUUCAACCGAUGUACGGCCCUCUUUGAACGAUUUGUACCACUGGAAAACACGUGCACGCGAUAGAGCAGAGUCCCCAUAGGUUGUCUGCAACAUUUUUAAGGCGUCUGAAGCCGAAAUUUUGUUGGAAUAACAAAAUUUCAAACAAAUUCUUUGUUCAACUUGAAUUUCCAUCGUUAAUUUCGAAGAAUACACUCGAGCUUGACUUGUUUACAGUAGCACAGAAAACAAACUAUGUGACAUAUCACGCUGAAAUUUGCCAUGUAAGCUUAUAACAGCCCUACCAAAAAACAAAAACUGUAUUUUUGCCAUAUGUCAUCCGCGGACCGUUUUAUUGAUAACGUCUCGUUCAUAUUUGAGCAGAAGGUAUAGUACAAUACAAUGUUUGUUGUAGAAGAGCUGAGCACUAUUUUGAAUUAUUAAAUGAAAAUAAAGAAAAUUAAAAAUGAAAAAAAAAUCACAAGAAAAGUACUUGAAAGCAAAGUUAUAGUACAAAUAACGGAAUUCUAUUAUUUAGCGCAUAAGUGUAUGUGAAUUUGCUACCGCCUUUCUUUUUAUAAAGCAAUUGAUACAAUCAAGAUUCAACGAUAUUUUUUGCCAUUUUUGUUCAUAUUUGAUACACGAAAGGUUAUAAAUGCUCUUAGGAAAAAGUGUUUCAUAUUAAAAUUUUCCCCGAGUCUCGGCUUAAUUUUAACAGAAAUAUUUUUUGCGAAAGCAAUUAUAUCCUCAAUUUUCAUUUUACUACUGUGUUCAAAACAAAAUUUAUCAAAAAAAAAAUAUAUAAUAUAUAUAUUCAUAGCGUAUACUCCAAUCAGGGAAGAUGCCAUGCCGUUAUUUAUAAUACACAACUAGUUAUAAGCCACCAUUAAAGGCACAUUACAAGCUCAUUUUUCUCUUUUAAAUUCAAAAUACAACAAAAUAUAAAAAUACAAUUGUAAACAAAUCGUCAGCUGACAUCCUUGAAGAGUACAAAGUUUUGUAAUUUAUAUAUGAUACAUAACCUAAAUUCGCAACCUAUUUGAUAUUUUAUCAUCAUUCACAUACUCUUCCCCUGUAUUAAACGUUUUGAUAUUCGUAAAAAAACAAUUAAGAAGCAAUUUCGGGUUAGCUAGAUUAAAAAAAAAAAAAAACUCACUUUUAAAUAAAAAACUGCUUUGAAAACUAGAUUGUCCUUGUGUACAUAACCUUAAGAUUUGUUUACUCUAGAGCAGGAAUUAAUGAAUUAUAGAAGUUAGUUCCGCUUCUUUUUCCCAGAUGGUAUUUUAACUAUCUCACGGAAACCAUCUUUCGUAUGUUUUGUUCUGCCAAUUCUAUAUACAUACAAAAAAUUCACGUGUUUUACCAUCCGUCUGACCAGACUUUUCCAACUUUGGACGUGAAUUUACCAUACGUAUUUCUAUUAUAGCAACGACUUGAGCUUCUACAUUUAAAUUUAAUUUUCUAUCGAUUAGGAUGAAAAAGGUCAGACUCGGGUGCUCAACCGAAGGUUUUAAAAAAGGUGUCCAACUGAGAGUUAACGUUUCAAAAUAAAAAAAUUCAAAAUAUUGAAAAUUCAAAAGUUUUUGGUUACUCAUAUCUUCGCAUUUCUUGGCUUUAUUGUUCUCAAUUAAAAUUCAAUUCUUGUAGACGUCUUCAGUCUAAAAGUGUACGAAUAAAAAAAAAAGAAAAAAACAAAUGAAAAUUAACAGUUCAGUAGUUUAAAAUAUUUGAAUAUAGUAUUCGUCUUCCUAAAGUCAAAAACAUGAGUUUACACAUUUUCAGAGUUGUGAGUUAAUAUGUUGGAUUUAUUAACCAUUGAUAGUUUUAUGUUAAACCAAAACCCAAAAUUCCAUGCGUACAAAUAAUUUUUAAUAUCAUCUAAUUUUACAAGAGCAAUUAACUUUCAAACUUGAUUUUAAAACAUUUAAAUUUCUACGAUAUGUAAUUUAUCCGAUGGAAGGAGGUUAUGUAAAGCUGUCAAAACACCCACAGUGACAGCUCAUUGCAUGCGAUAAAGCGGUUGAUCGCAUGAGGUUUGCAAUGCACGGUCUCCAUUUGCAUUAUAUCGCAUGAGACGAUUUGCGUGCGAUCGAUCAGCGAGCGCACGUCGAGACAGGGUGUAAAAGUAACAGCUGAACUUUUAAAAUAUGGAAUUUGGAAUCAUUAAACUCGUUGUUUGCAUAAAUCAAUGACCACUAAACGCAAUAUAAUAAUUUACUAUUUUGGUUUCCUGUGCAGGUUCUGUUAAAAAUAUUAAAGCGGAACUACCUUCAAGAACCGCAAGAUUUUUUCAUGCUCUGAAGUGAGGUUAGUUACAACUAAAUUGUUUAUGGAAUGUAAAAUAAACCAUUUUUUAUGAACUAUUGCUAGUAUUAAUAAUGGAAAUGAAAUCGUUUGAAAUUAAUGAAUUAAGAAGAAAUUAUUGAAAUUAAUUAAUUAAGAAGAAUUUAUUGAAAUUAAUUAACUAAAUAACAUUAAUUGAAAGUAAUGAAUUAACAGAAGUGUAACGCGUAAUUUUAAUGAUUUUUAUGCAUACAAGAUGAAAUUAGUUGUAAACAUUCCGGCAGUUAUUUACUUCAUACGCGCCAACCUAAAUCCCAUCAAUUUUCUCCAUUGCAUCUCCAUCAUCUGCCUGUUAUCAAAACGGAGCUUUAGUGUUACUUGGGGAGUGCCAGACCUGGAGAGUAUCUAACUCAAUUCAAACCUAUAAUUAUAAUGUAUCCACGUAUUUGGGAGUAAAAUCUGAAAUUUUACUUUUUUAAUCUAGUUUUCGUGAAAAUCUCUAUUCGGUUUUUUUUAAUUUAUUUGUAAAAAUUAGGUCAUUGUAAUAAAAAAUUAAAUCGAAUUAUUUGUCAUAAAUACUCGUAUAUACAUAGUUACGUUAUAUGUAUUAAAAAUGUGUCGUUUAAGUUUUUUACUUGAGGGCAUACAAACUAUUCAUGCGUUUUGGCAUUUUAAUCGGUGUAUGCUUUCAUAGCAAUUUAAAUAAAUAAUUUUUAUCGCGUGUGUGCAUGUGUGCAUUUUUGGUUCAUGUCUUGUUUAAAAUAAAUAUAUUUAGUUUUUCUUAACACUGUGCGUUUUUUCGUGUUUUUCUGUUAUUUAUGUGGUUAAUUUUAUUAGUUAGUUCGUUAGUAAAAUUGAUAAGAUUUCCAUAGUUGUCGGAAAGAUAAAGAUUUUCUACGACUUUAACUACUUUAAGUUUUUGGUUGCGUUAAGUGGUUAUAUGCAGUUAGAAGACCGAAAAAAGCGAAUUUUCCAGAAUUUUUUCUGAGAAAAUUUUUAAGGCACCUUUCUGGUCUAGAGACGUGAAAAUUGAAAGGGUUGAAAGUUGAAGGAAAACAAUCGGUAUGAAUUGAAAAUCGUUUUUAUUCAUUAGAUCAACAAUAGAUCUUUAUUUACAAAAAAAAAUUUUUUUUUCCAUGACAAUAAUAAAAAAAUUGCUUCCCCUGGCGUAACACAUGGCACUGAUUGGGCUGCUCAGGUACGUCUGGAAAAAAAAUUGAUCGAUUAUUCAUCAGGAGAUAUGUUGCUAUGGUGGGUAGCAAAAACAAUUCUAGAUAUUUUAUCUGUUUAUUGGAAAAACAAAAAAAAAGGAUUUUUUUCACGUUCUCGCUUAAAAAAAAAAUAGAAAAAUUAAUUAUAAAAUUAAAAUUCUGCUACCCGCGAGAGCAACAAUAUUAAAAACUCAAAUCAAUCGGUUCGGUACUUUUUGAGAAAGGAUCAAUGCCAACUCGGAAAAAAUAAAUAGUUUCGAGAAAAACACGGUUAACGCGCUUACACCUGGGCGUCGUACUCCAAACCAGUCUCGUUUUAAAGGACUGUAACGUUUAAACUACAACGAAUUUCAAUAAAAAAAUUUGCAAGUAUAUGUUUGAAAGUAUAAACUCUCAUAACACGAAAAAAAUAGAUUUUUCGAAAUUCUAGUCCAGAAAGGUGCCUUAAAUUUAUUGAUCUAAAAAUUUUUACGCAUAUUAUGUUAUCUUUUAACUGUAUUUUAAGACUUAGUAUUAGUAAAAAUAUUUAUUUGGAAAGGAGCUACACCUGACCUCCGGGAACUCCUCUCAAAAAUACGUUUUGCGGUGACCACUAUAUCACUGAACUGGAUCCUCUGAAAUUAAAAAACCAAACAGAUUUCGUUAAAGUAAUGUUAAAUCUAGUAAUUAAUCGAAGGAAUAAGCAAAAUAAUUUUUUUGACAAACUGGCGGUUUCUCAAAAAAAACAAAAAAAAUUAUGAUUUUUUACCAAAAUUUCCGCCUUAGAUUGCUUAUAAAAAAAUAUUUAUCGGUGAGAAAAAAUCUUUGAUCUUUGAAAUACUAAAAAAUAUAUUUAAGAAGCUCGUGUCAAAUUUUUUUUGACAAAAUGGCGGUUUCUCAAAACAAAAAUUCAAUUUUUGACCAAAUUUCGGUCUUAAAUUGUUUAUAAAAAAAUAUUGAACGAUGAGAAAAAAUCUGCGAUUAAUUACUAAAACCUAAAUCUUCGAUUAAGAAACUAAAAAAUAUAUUUGAAAAGCUCGUGUCAACAUUUGAGAUUGGUUCAGCUAUCUUCGAGUAAUGUUGGUCAUGCGUGUACUUCGAAUUUGCGUGUAACUUCGAAAAUAUUUACAGAAGCGAUGUUAAAUUUUGUGUUUGUAUUCUUAAAUAUAUGUAUGUACAUUAAGAAAAUAAAAUUAAAAAAAUCGUUUGUUUGAAAAUGCGAACUGUA